AUGCGUCUUGUCAUGAUUUCGGCGCUUCUGGCGUCCAUCACCACCUCGGCAGUUGCAAAACCUGAAAAGAUCAGAGGUGUAAGGGACCCUAUCUAUCACUUGUAUCUCCAGCCGUACCCAAAGAAUGCGACGAUCCCAGUGCUGGGGCCUGAGGCGUCGGCCGAGUCCUUCAAUAUCGCAGGCACCAUCCAAAGCGCCAAUUCAAGUUCAUAUUUGAACGUCGGAAGUGAUGCCACGUCGUACAAGAGCCUCAAGUUCAGCAACAGCUCGGAAACAAAUGCAUGGGGGCUGGAGGGUGACGCGAUAAUUACUACCCGAAGUAGCAGUUGGGGGCGCCAGCUGAACUUUCUGGUCUGUCAGCUUGAUGGGAACUAUUGGCAGCUGUACCUACAGACUGGCAGCGAUGUGCCAAGCGGCAGGACUUGUAGCAACUAUCAGACGAUUCACCUACCUUGUCUUUGUUAA